AGAUGAAUAACUCAGAUUCAGGCCAAGACUCAUAUGAAGAGAAGUCAUUUGAAAUACCAAAGUAAAUAAAGGAUUUAAGGGCAUGUUAAUUUUGUGGAUUGCUAUUAACCUUGGAAUAAUGGAAUAAACUAAGCCAAUGUCUGAAUGGAUGUAGUGCUGAUUAAACUAAAAUAUAUUCUGGGUAUAAAUGCGAAUUUAAGUAAAUUAGAGUCAUUUGUGUGAUGAAACCUUCAAAAAGUUGGGUAAUUAAAAAAUUAGGAAAUUCCAAAAAUAUUCAUCCUGGUUUAUACGCUAUUGAUGUCUAAGCAGAAUGAGGAUUUGUAGAUAUAA